GCGCCGAGGAGUGCGACGGCGACGACGACGACGGCGGCGGCGGUCAGAGAAAGGAGGAGGACGCGGCGCGCGGCGCGAGGAGGGCGUUCGCGGCGCACGUGCGGCGCGGGCUGACGACGCGCGACGGCGUCGAAGAGACGUUCGUCGUCCGACGACCAGGCGCGUUCUAUACACUGGUCCCCAUACGACCGCGUCGGCGUGGUGAACGCCGAUCCUUAAGGACUUUUCCCGUCGUCAUUUCUGUGCCCACACCUCGCUUUCAAUACCCGCCCUCGGCGCCUUUCAACUUCAACUGACGCCUUUCAACUCCACCCCGACGUUCGCUCGUAUGGAAUUGCCCUCAGACGACGACGACGACGACGACGCGACGACGCUCGUCGCGGCGGCGAGCGACGGCGCGCGCCGCGCGCCGCGUUUCGAUCGGACGACGUCGCCGUUCGGUCCGGUCGUCCUCUCCGUGACCGACCAGAUGGCGCUCGUGUGCGGUAUCGCGCACGCGCGUCUCGUCCGCGCGGGGACGGCGCGCGACGACGACGACGGCGACGACGACGACGACGAGAAAAACGCGUCCUCGAUACUUCUCGUGAGAAGCACCCCGGCGCGUUGGAUCACGGGCGGGUACGCGGCGCACCACUACGUCCCCGAACCCCCGCAGCCGCACGGGCUGUGCUACGAGGCGUCGAUGGCGAUCGGCGGCGGUUUAGGCGGCGAGGGGGUCCCGAACGCGUCGAGACGGCGGCGCGCGCGCGUCGGUUACAUCGCCGUCAGGCGCGUUCUAGUAUCGCACUGGUCCCCAUACGACCGCGUUCGCGUGGUGAACGCCGAUCCUUAA